AUGACGUCCCCCGAGCAGAUCGUCGAGAUCGUGAUGGACGACAAAACGUACAACGUGAGUAAAAGCAAGCUGAUCGAGAAGAGCGACUACUUCCGCGCGCUGUACAGCUCCGGGAUGCGCGAGUCGGCGGAGGACUCGGUGCAGCUGCGGGGGCUGAGCGCGUCCGGGCUGGAGCUGGUGCUGGAGUUCAUCAACACCUCCAAAGUUCAGGUGGCCAACGAGACUCUGGAGGACCUGAUCGAGACCGCGUCCUUCCUGCAGGUCACGUCCAUCUUAAAGCUGCUGCUGUCGGAGAUCAAGCAGGAGAACUGCGUGGAGCUCUUCAAGCUCUCGGAGGUCUACGGGAUGCACGACCUCAGGAAGGCUUGCUUGAAGUUCAUGAGCUGCUAUUAUCACCCCGUGCUGCGCAGGCCGGAGUUCAGGAUGCUGGCAGCUCCUCUGCGGGACCAGAUCCGAGACACGCGCAUGAAAGGCACGGCCGCUUUAGUCGCGAUAGGGGACUUCACCGACACCUGUCUGGACCUGGCCAAUCAGGACGAGCCUUGGUCUAUGCUGAGGUACGACGAGCUGGAACAGCGCUGGAAACCUCUAGCCAACAAUCUCCCCCAGGACAUGAUCAACGUCCGAGGGUACGGAUCUGCUGUGCUGGACAACUACUUGUUCAUUGUCGGUGGAUACAGAAUGACUAGUCAGGAGAUCUCGGUGGCCCACUGCUACAACCCCUGCAGGAAUGAGUGGAACCACGUGGCACCUUUGAACCAGAAGAGAUCCAACUUCAAGCUCCUGGCCGUGAGUGGGAAGCUGUAUGCAGUUGGAGGUCACUGUCUGAGCACGGUGGAGUGUUACAGUCCAGAGCAGGACUGGUGGACGUGUGUGGCGUCUCUGCCCGACCCGCUCGCUGAGUUCUCUGCCUGUGAGUGUCAGGGCAUGAUCUACGUCAUGGGCGGUUAUACCUCUAGAGAUAGGAACACCAGCGUGCUGCGCUACUGCCCCGUCUCAGACACAUGGUCCGUGUUCCGCUCCUGUUCGGCUCACGUGCGCAAGCAGCAGAUGCUCUCCGUGGAGGACACCAUCUAUCUGGUGGGAGGUUACACGCACGAGCUAGACCCUGCAGAAAUGGGCCGGCGGAGACUCGGCCAGACGGAGGACAUGCUGACGGUACAGUCCUACAACGUGCAGACGGGGGAAUGGUUGCAACUGAAGGAAAACACGUCAAAGUCUGGCUUGAACCUCACCUGCACGCUGCACAACGACGGCAUCUACAUUAUGAGCAGAGACGUCAGCCUGCCCACCAGCCUGGAGCAUCGCGUCUUCCUCAAGUACAACAUUUUCUCAGACGCCUGGGAGGCCUUCAGACGCUUUCCUGCUCUGGGGCAGAACAUGCUGCUUUGCUCUCUCUACCUACCCAGUGUCCUGUGAGCCACGCUGCUCGAGGUCUGGGGGAACGGGUUUUGUUGUAGCGAGCCUGGCCUGGUCAGAAGCGGCAGGCUUGCCAGAGGUUUAUCCCAAAGCUUUACCGGAUCGGAUUGAUCAAGCAACACAAAGAACAUGCAGGAUACAUUAAAGGAAUAAUAUAGCCAAACAAUUACAAUUUGGUCAUUAUUCACUCCCCCUCAAACCGUGUGACUUUAGGAGUGACUGCUUUUUUUUUUUUUUUUACGUUCAGCUUUGUGUUUCGCGGAAGGAAAAAGUCACAUAGGUUUGAAACAACGCUUACGUACGAAUGUUAUUACUUUUUUGGUUAAAUAAAGGCCUUUGGAUUAUUAAAAUCAGAAGGAAAAAAGCAAUAGUUCACCGAAAAAAGACAGUUUGCUUAAAACGUAUUCACCUUCAGGCCACUCAUCAGACAGAGAUUCACUCGUCAGUUUGUUUCUUCAUCAGAACAGAUUCAGAGAAAUGUAUUCAGCGUUGUAUCUCCUGUUUAACAGCGGAUCCUUUGUGGUAAAGGGGAAUGAGAGACAGCUAAUAAAAACAUUACAAGAAUCCACAAGUAGUUCACACGCCUUUAGUCCAUCAAUUAACAUCUCAUGAAACUAAAAGCUUUGUGCUUGUAAUAAACAAAUCCACCAUUAAAAACAUUUUUACUUUAAACUACAAGUCCAUAAUCCAAAACACUUCCUCCAGGGGAUAAAGUUAAUUCCAUCUUGCCCUCUCACAUCAAAACAUAUUUAAACAGUGCUUGAUCUGCGCAGAUUUCUCUUCCGAUUCAGGCAAGAUGGCUUUUUCGCUGGAAAAAGCAGUAUUAUAGAUAUAAUAGAUAGUCUUGAUGCAUUCGUUCAUUACAAACACAGCUUUUGAUCACUUUACAAGAUGUUGGUUGAUGGACUGGAGUCGCAUGUGAUGCUUUUAUCAGUCUCAUUCUGACGGCACCCAUUCGCUGCAGAGCACCCGUUGAUGAGCAAUGCAAAACCUUUCCAAGAUCCCUUCUGAUAAAGAAACUAAAAUUCUUUUACAUCUUGGAUGACCUGAGGGUGAGUACAUUUUCAGCAAUUCCUUUAAUUUUUCCGUAAAUUAUUUCUUUAAUAUAUCCAUCAGAAGUUACCUAAAAAAAACACUACAAGAGAUGCACCAAACAUUUUCAACCUGCGAAGAAUCUUCUAAUGCCAAAUGCAUGACCAGUACCUUAAAGAUAUAUCACAUGACAUAUACAGAGUUUCUUCUACUAAUAUACAGAUGCACAAGUGAAGGCUUCAGAUUCAUAAAGCGGGUGAAAAGAAAACACUAAACGUACAUAAGCGGAUUAAAUAACUUUAACAGGAAGCGUUACUUGAAGACAUCAAAGUGAGAGUUCACUCAAAAAUGACUGAAAUUGAGUUUUGGCCAUAAAAUCUAAGUCAGUGGGGUCUAAUGAUGUUUUGGACAACACUGACUUAAGUUAAAUGGACUUAUAAAAAUAAGAAACGUGAGCGUGAGUAAAUGCUCAGUGUUCGCAUUUGUGGGUGAACUGUGCCUUUAAGACCCAAUGUGCCAGACUAAAUGGUGAUUGUUGAAAAUGUUACAGACUAUAUGUGCCUGAAAAAGUCGUUGUUUUUUUUUUUUAAUUACACUUUCAGUAGCCUUAGUUGAAUAAUUUUGUUUCCAAAUAAUGUCUAUCUGGAGAAGUGUCUUAACCUGUGCUGCACAAAUACAUAAGCGCCUGACCUAACCGCUGUGAGGCAUUUUUGCAUUAAGUUUGAUUGAGAUGACCUGUUGAGAUGUUAUUUUGAAAGAAAAGGAGAUUCCUUUUUUUUUGUUUUAAGUACUUAAUACUUGUGUUCCAUUCCUUUUUAUAACUUUUUGAUGACUUUGAGCCGAAAUGAAUAACGGUUUUGUUGAGCAUUCCCAAGUUGCCUUGAAAAUGUAAAGAAGUAAGUUAAAUAAAAAUGUUCAGGGAAGCAAAUAAAAGGCUUCAUGCUA